AUGCUGGACUGGAGAUUGGCAAGUGCACAUUUUAUCCUGGCUGCGACGUUGAUGGUCUGGAGCUCAGGAAAAGUGCUGUCAGUGGAUGUCACAACAGAGGCCUUUGAUUCUAGAGUCUUAGAUGUUCAGUCACCACCCACAGUCAAGGAAGAGAAAUCAGCCACUGAUCUGGCAGCAAAACUCUUACUUCUUGAUGAACUUGUGUCUCUGGAGAAUGAUGUGAUUGAAACAAAGAAGAAAAGAAGCUUCUCUGGUUUUGGUUCUCCCCUGGACAGACUCUCAGCUGGCUCUGUAAAUCAUAAAGGUAAACAGAGGAAAGUAGUAGAUCAUCCAAAAAGGCGAUUUGGUAUCCCCAUGGAUCGGAUUGGUAGAAACCGGCUUUCAAAUUCCAGAGGCUAA